ACCCGGCUAGUCAGCACGGGUACCCCGUGCGUGGUUUCUGGGUCACGACUAGCCGAAGACACCGAUGCGGGGUGUGGGGACGAUACUUGCACAUUGCUGUCAGGUGGACACCCGCUGCUGACAUCGGCUGUCUGGCUGUUGUUGGCCUCUGUUAUCCUGGUGUAUGGAUGUGUGUCCUUCCCCUUUGUAUUGUCGCUGGUAGAUGUAUUGGUAAUACUGGAUUCAGAAGGGCAUUUAGUAGGCAAGAUAGCAGUCGGAAUCAUCUGUAGGUUGUUGCUAAUGUUGCCUAAGGCGUGUAUUAUUGUGGUCGGUGUGCACUGAAUUCUCUUGGAAUGCCGGUUUUCCACUGUUGCCCCUCUGCCAGUAGCAGCAUUUGUGUUGAUUGCAGAGGUAGAUAGCGGUUCCAAAGGUAAGUAAGACUGACUGCUCCGGUGCUGUCGGACUCCGUUGUUCCGCUGCGCUGUUGUUAGUGUGUAUUCAUCAGUCUGGUGCUGCAGGGUUGUCUGGUGCUGGGAGGGGGAGCUGUCUGCGUUGGUUCGGGGUUUCUCCCUCUCUUCCUGUUGUCUGUUCGUAUUUUGAUGUAAGGGUCCUCCAACAACGAGCCGGUCUCCCCUGUAGAACGCACGCACCCCGCUAUCUCUGUAACACUUUAUGAUCGACGUUUUUCUUUCUGUGAGAUCACUAGCCACAGAUACACCUUUUGCUCUCAGUUUCUCUCGUGCUUUGGUAAGUAUAUCCAACUUGUCAGACCAUCGAGUGAACUUAGCGAUUAUGGGACGUGGUUUGUUUUCUCUGUUUUGGGUAUGUCCUGCUGGCACAAUUUUCUUACCGACUCUGUGCGCUCGCACGAUGUCAGUAGUUUGCCACACUUUCCCCGGAAUUGUUUCUUGCAGGAGGUUUAUUAUCAUAGCAGCACAGGUUUCGUAUGAAUCAUCUCCAGUUUCUGAUAUCCCGAAGAACUUCAGAUUGUCUCUGCGUGAGAAACCUUCGAGCUUGUUGAGCUUGUCGUAAAAGACCUGGAGAGACUGGUCUACAUGAUAUUUUAGUCUCUCAGUAUUUUGCUCGAGUGACUCUUGCCUUUGUUUAACUUGCUGUAACUCCAUAAACAGUUUAUCAAUGGCCGAUUUGAAGAGUCUCAGUUCGUCUCUAACUUCGUCUAUGUGGUGUUUAAUGUUUUCCUCUUGUUUGUUGAGUAGUGUCUGGAUAUCAGUUAAGACUUUACUCUUGUUGGAGCGGGCCAUAGCGUCCAGUGGAGGUGUCACACACUCACGAAUCACACAAGGCUACCGCCGUGCUGUUCACGCUCCGUUGAACACUGUGGUCACCUGGCUUCUUUCAUAAAUUUUUUUAAAAUUCAACUAAUUUGACUGAAUAUUCGCAUAAAAUUUACUUUUCUAUGCAGCCUGUAAUUGGGAGAUCAGUAUUUUUUGCACAAUACACCACAAAGAUGAGUAACUUCCGUAAAACUAGGCAAAAUACACCUUGUAUUGAAGAGCGUGGAAAAAAAGCGUCCGCACAGCUCGUGAACACAGUUCACCCCUCCCCCCGCCAGAAGCUGUUACCUUAGUUAGAAGGGGAUUAUGGCCAGCAACACCCGAACAGCCAGAAACAGCCUUCACGAUAACACUGAUGGAGCUAGGGCGAAUGCUACAGCUUGAAGGUCAAUUAUCUCUGCAAAAGUUUUGCUUUGCCUUAAAAAGAAGAACUACUUUCCUGCCUCCUCACACAACUGACUGCAGAAACCUCUACCUGGCACUGGGAAACGCACUAACUGAAUUCCAUCAUCAUCAAGUGUCGUGCCUUGAGAUGGCACAUUCUCCAGACAUUGUGGGCAAGAACUGCCCAGUAUGUACAUUGGAGUGCUCAGACUUUCAGGCUGGUGACAUGGUUAGGGCUAAAAAUAAAAGUGCAAAUCUGGAUAUAAAAGGAUUGUUUGGCUCUGUGUGUCACCAUGGAUUUCCCCUCUAUUUUGUGAACAUGGAGCAUGGAGAAAGAUUUGCAUAUCCAGUCUAUAUUAUGAAGCAGAUUGCUUCAAGGCAGGUUGGUGCUACAAAUGAAAAGCAGAUUGUCAUGUAUGAUAUUGCCUGUAGACUGCAAGCUCAUCUUGGGAGGUGUCCAGAACUGACUGGACAACUUGCAGAGAGAUUCAAAUUGGUUGUUCCUGUUUUCCAUAGCUUUGCUCACAACACAAGGUGUCAGAUGACAUUUGGACAGCGAUACUGCAAAGGAACCGGUCUAAUAGAUGGAGAAGCCAUUGAAAGAUUGUGGUCCUUCCUACGAAAAUUUUUAUGGAGCAAGGAGAUGACACUGCCGAAUAGACAGGAUCUUCUAAGCAGUGCUCUACUUAAUUAUGGACGGAGAAUUUUCUUUUCUAUUGUUCAGACAUUUUCUGUAAGGCUUAAGAAAGCAAGGCAAAUUCAAGUGAAUUCCAAGGUAUUCAUCAGUGAUGUGGAAAGAAAGUAUGAUGGAAAUGCUGUGGAUUGGCUUCAUCAACUGACACAGAUUCUAGUGACAAAUGAUGAUCAAAGAGGGACUGAUCCACUGAUUGAGAAGGCCAGGAAGCUUUCUACAGAGCGUCAGCACUUGCUGGGACUGAAGAAGCGCUAUGCUGAUGGUCAGAAAAUUGCCAUGCGACUCACAAAAAGACUUCAUCUCAACACCACUAAUCUACAGGCUGUUGGCAACCAGCUACGAGAGAAGGGCAUCAAUAUUUUAUUUGCACAGCUUGCAAACCCUAAGUCUGCCGUAUAUGAAAACAACAAUCACAACUUGUGUAGAGAGCAAGUCCAAGCUGCCAAUUCUGUUACCGAAUGCUGCUGUGCAGAAGAAGAAGAGAAACGUAUCCUCGAAGAUAUAGACCUUCUGCAGCAGUGGCUGGUGCAUUAUAACAUCUCACCUGUGCAGUACUUGACUGAUCACACUCGAUAUCAUCUUGGACUGAAUUAUGUUAAGUCAUUCAGCAAGAUGAUAGUGGAAGACAUGUUACAUUUGCUUCAGGGCACUUUGUGUCAUCACCCUGGAUUUCAAAAAAAUUAACUUUGACUGCUCCAUUGGCAGUUUACUGUCGGCAGCUAAGGAUCAACCGACACUUCUUCUAAAUUGUUCUGAUGAUGUAAUAGAUAUGUUUAGUGACAUUGACACAGACGAUGAAGAUUCUGAUGGGGAUGGUAAUUAAGUAAACAUUCCGUGUUACCCACAUGUCUCCUGUACUCAGGGUGGAACACUGGCAUAUGUUUUAUUGAUAUGAAACUGAUAGCUAUUAUUCCCUUCUGUUUAUUGUCCCUCUAGACUUUUUUGUGUCCGUCUGCAGAAAAAAAUUAUAAAAAUCAUUUAAUCAUCUUCCUUAAAAGCGUAAACAGUUUUAGAUGCAUUAUUGACUACUAAAUAAUAAUGGUAACCAUCUUAUUUUAUACUAACAAACUGUUAAGUCAAAUGCAUCCUGAUAAAUUAAGACUUUGAAUGGUUGCAACCUUACCCUCAAGGAAAAAAUCACAUGUCGUGAAGGCUAGUUUUAGAUGUUUUCGAAAUAGUUUUGCGACAAAACUCACUCCAGUACAGAUAUCCCCAAAGAAGAUUGAAAGAUUAUUUUUCCUUCAAGCUGAAAGUUGGACUGAAGUGCAUAAAAGAUCUAAAACAACUUUAAACGGGUUGGAUGUUCAUAAAAACCAUUACUAAUUACUACACAUGACACUGAACAACUGCCAUUUCGCCCCAGCUCUGUGUUUCCCCCAUCUACAAGCCUCAGUAACAACUGAGCUGCUACAUUGUGAAAUCACCUUAAGGUGGAAGCACCUUCCCUUCCAAAAUGAACAAGAGGUGUAACAUCCGCAUAUGUAAAGACUAAGAAAUCUUUCAAUGAAGUUCAACCUUCAUUACUCUGAAUGGCUUGUGAUACAUAGCAAACCUGUUGAAACUGUUACCUCUUUCAGGUACCUGGGAACUGUUUAAGAUUGCCAGCUUAAAUGGACUCUAAACACUGAACACAUUGUCAAACGUGGCCAGCAAAGAAUGUACCUUUUGCGGAAGUUAAAUAGUUUCUCCGUUAGCAGUGCAAUUUUAGGUUGUUUCUACCAGUCUUUUAUUGAGAGUCUUUUAUCCUUCUCAUUUGUAUCAUGGUUUCGUAAUCUAUCUGUCCAUGAUAGGAACAGUUUGAAUAGCAUUGUCCACGUCUGUUCCAAGAUAAUUGGUAUUUAACAGAGGUACUCGACUUCCUUCUGUGAUCAACAACUAGUUAGGAAAGCUUCCCGCAUUCUGUCCAUACCUGAACAUGUGCUAGCGGGAGAAUUUGUAUUAAUCUCAGGUAACAGCUAUGCCAUGCCAGUAUGCAAAAGCAAUAGGCAUCUGAAAUCUUUUGUGCCAUCAGCAGUCCAGCUACUCAAUCACAGAUGAACUGUCAGCUGUGUGUGUUUGUGUGAUGGGUAGGUGUGCAUUUGUUUUUUGUUUUUUUUUUUCAUCUAAAAAUAUUUGUUGGAAACAGGGCAUACACAUACACCCUCUGCUGUCUGCAUGUAAAAAAAUCCACUAUCCAUAAGACCAAUUGGUGUGGUAGGUCAAAACCAGAUAGUCUCAGAGCUAGAAGGUAUGGUUGCACUGUGUUGAAUGCAGAAAUAAAAUCUGCGAAAAGUAGUCUGGCAUGUGUCUUGCGCUUUUCCAGAUGUUUAUACAGCAUGUUCAAAAUAAACAACUUGGCGUCAUCAACACUCCUACCCUUCCUAUAAGCAAAUUGCAGUGGGUCCAAUUUACUCUCUACUGAUGUUAGGAUGAGAUUUUUGACAAUCUUCUGAAGGGUUUUCAUUAUGAGGGAGGUUAGUGCUAUUGGCCGAAAAUCAUUAGGUUGACUAGGAUUAGCUUUUUGGGCGAGUGGGAUGAUGUUAGAGAGUUUCCAGAGUGUAGGAAUGUGCCCUGAGUCAAUAGAGAAUUGAAAGAGGUGUUGAAACACUCCACCUAGUUGAACAGCACACCAAUCCAAGACUCGCCCACAUAUUCCAUGUGGCCCUUCGCCUUGUUAACCCUAACCCGCUUAAGCAGUUUUGUCACAUCGACUUGAGAAAUUACUGUUAUCAUUAGGGACAAGUGCCCUAACUUUAUCAGAAAAAUCAUGAUUCUCAAAACGUGCAUAACAGUUUUUCAAAACAUUUGACAAGUCCUGAUCACUCACGCCAUUAAGUUUGACUGAUUGUCUAUUACAAUCUUCCUUCUUGUUACCGGACAUCAGAUCGUGUCAUUGGUAAAGCAUAGUUUUCUUAUGUCGACCUCCCUCCAGGUUACACAAAGAUGUUGUGGUCCUGAAGGGCAUCAUGCAUGAUAGGGGACAGCCAUGGCGAACGCCCACUCUCGUGGGAAAAACCUAAUUCAGUGGGGUAGGAGUGGUGCACUGCCGGACCGUCGUAUGGCGUUUAGUAUCACGGCUAAAUAACUGAAAACUACACAACUUUGGAGAUGCGCUUUGAUUACAAAAGCAAGAAGACAGUGUGAGAAAAAGUGCACAUGACGGAAACAUAAAAUGAAAGAACUUUACAUCUUUUGCACCUGGCAUAAGUGGGUGCCCUACCUACUAGGAAACAGUCGGAGGAGACUAGUAAUGUCUAAUAUGAGAUUCUACUUGUAAGAGAAGAAGCACACAUAGAGAGAUAUAUUGCCAUUGUUUCGGUGAACAUUCUAGGUCUGUUUCUGUUUGGUGACAAUGUGAUUAUUAUUAUAAAGUUCAUCAAAUUGUUAACAGUUUCACUUCUUUUUCAAUGUGUUACAGGAUGGGAAAUUUAUUUUCUUAUGGUUACUCUGUUAUCACUAAGAAGCAGUGGUAUCUUUGGGAACAAAUGUUUCUAUGAACUGUAAAUGUCCCUUUGCUCCUAUGUGCGAUUACCAUAUUUGCUCAUCAUUUUUGAGGCCUUGAUAGAGAAAAUGACAAAUAAUAUUGUGUCCAACUGUAUCGACACACUGUCAACACAAUGAGGAUUUCUUAUUGACACAUCAAAGUGUUCAUGUGUUUGGAUGAAUAAUAGUGCAAAAGUCCAGUGAAAAGUCUACCAACAACUCAAAUUUCUUGCAGUCCAUACCGCUAAAACAAUGUGAUAUUGUAACACAUUUAUGUGUACCUUGAACACUUAGGACACCAUCCAUGCAUGUAAUGAAAAGCAUAAAAUACCACUUUUCAGGCAGCAAAUGAGCAUCAGUCAGACAAAAUUUUCUUCCCCCCUCGGUCUUUUUUUUUUUUAAAACAUUUAUUUUGUCUCACAAAUACAUGAAAUAGUAAAUACAGUAUCUUGCAAUAUAAUACAAACAUAUACACAUAAGGUAACAGUCAUUCGUUCGUUCCAGAAAUUCAAAAGAAAUUGCCUGCAGGCAGUCCAUUAGUACAAGUUACACAUAGUGAUGAUGAUUACGAGGAUGAUGAUGAAUGAAUCAUUGAAUGAUUGAUUUACUGGCUGAAGGGCUAGCAAAACAAGUAUUUAGAUUACAAUAAAAGCUAGGAGAACUCAAA